AUGUCAUACAUUCCAGGAAUCAUCACCGGUACCCUACCCAUCCCGUUUCCCGGACCUCACACGGUCGGGUACGCCACCCUCCGUCAUACGCCUAGUCAUCCGUAUACUCUACCUGCACCUCGUCUACCUUCCACAUCGAAAGACGACGAUGGAAAGGGAGGUUCGGCCCUGGGAGUGAGGCAGGUGGAAUACUCGAUCUAUUACCCCUGUGAAAAGCCGGACAAGGGAUGGUUUUGGCAGAGAGAUAAGCAAGGGACGAGUAUCAGCUGGCUACCUCGGCCUAUCGAAUUCGUACUGGAAGGAUGGAGACGAUUCGCCAACGAUCACCCGCUGAUGCGGGCUGCAGCACCCAUCUUGAAAUUCACCGGAGGUCGACUCGGAGCCCCUCUCUACCCCCUCGCCCCGCUCGCCUCCCUCGCCGAUUCUGACAAAUCCAAACUAGUCAUCUUCUCCCACGGCCUGGCAGGAACCAAGAACGCCUAUUCGGCCGUCUGUUCAGCACUGGCUAGUGAGGGGAAUGUCGUAUUGGCUAUCGCACAUGCGGAUGGGAGUGGACCGGGGGUCAUCCUUUACCCCAACGAGGUUGUUGGGGAGGAAGAGGUCCGGUUGGGGUAUUUGAAGUUUCAAGAGCUAGACUGGUCACCGGGAAAGACUCCGGACGUCAUGCGUCUCCGAUCCAUGCAACUCGACAUCAGAGUAUCCGAAGUCUACGAAGCCUACACCUCCUUUUCUACCCUGAUUCAAUCCGGACCACAGGAUCUCCCCUCUUUCCACCUGUAUACGGACGACGGUCCCCCACCUGUUCCCGCGCACAAGUCCAAGUCGGAAGUCGACCCGAAGAUGGUGUGGCUGGAUUCGUGGCGUAACAGGGUAGACGUCAAUGAUCUGACGCUUGUAGGGCAUAGUUUCGGGGGAGGGACGCUGUUACAUCUCCUGUCCACCGGACCACCUGAGGGAUUCGGGAGGUUACCGGUGAGAAAGGCUGUGGCGCUGGAUCCUUGGGUGGAUCCUCUGCCAAUGCCCGGACCCUCGAAGGAGAUGCAGGAAGCGCCUCCUCGAGUCCCUCUCCUGGCUAUCAACUCGGAAGGCUUCACUCUAUGGCGAACGCAUUUCAAUAGGCUGAGCGGUUUGAUCAGGAAGAACGGGGGCAGUCUGGUCUCCAUCAUCGGAUGCGAUCACCAAACAUUCUCCGACUUCCCUCUUCUAGUCACAGCACCCUCGGCUACCAAGCUCAUCACCAAGAUCAACUCGAUGACCAACUCUUUCAUGCACGACGAUCUAGCCAACAACGUCGAGAUCAAGGGGAAAGAGCCGGACAAGGGGGAUUACAAGACCAAGAAGGAUGCCAAGGGCCGGACCAAGUUGGAGGGCGAGUGGGGGGAUGUGGUCGUGCACGAACUGUCUUAG